AUGCUGUCUGCGACACACAUCUUCCUACUAUUAUCUUUGGCGAUCGUUCUCGCACUUACCUCCUCCGACGCGGAGCAGCAUCCGUUUCAGCAUGGCGACGUCUCGAACACCGGAGGCGGCAUCUCAAUACGUCUCUUCGCAUCCCUCGAGCGCCUCUCUCGUCUAGUCGACAUCACAUACUGCGUUGGCACGACCGGCAUCAGUCAACCGUUCUCAUGCGUGUCACGAUGCAAAGACUUUCCAUCGCUGGAGCUCGUCACAACAUGGAAUACUGGCGUCUUGAUGAGCGAUAGCUGCGGCUACAUCGCUGUGGACCAUGGUACGACUUCAGGGUUGGAAUCGACUUCCCAUGAAGGCGGAGAUAUAGGCACCUAUGGCAAGGAUGAAGGUGCUAUCAUUGUUGCUUUCCGCGGGACGUAUAGCAUAACAAAUACGGUCGUCGACCUGAGCACCGUGCCGCAAGAAUACGUGCCAUAUCCUUCGCCUGACGAUGGUGGGGACGAACCGCCCAAUGAGCCAGAGCACAGAUGUCAGAACUGUACGGUACAUAUGGGCUUCUUGGCAUCAUGGCAGAUUGCGAGGAAGGAGGUGCUUGCCGCCCUGAAGCCCUUGCAUAAGCAAUAUCCUGACUAUCCGAUUCAUCUGGUCGGGCAUAGCCUUGGGGGCGCCGUAUCUGCUCUAGCCUCUUUGGAGCUUAAAGUCAUUUUUGGAUGGGGCAAAGUCGUGGUGACAACUUUUGGAGAGCCCAGAGUCGGAAACGACGGGUUCGUGGAAUAUCUCGAGACCGUCUUCGAGUUGAACAACCAAACGAGGCCGACUGACGAGCGAGCCUAUCGACGAGUCACUCACGUCGACGAUCCAGUUCCGCUGCUUCCACUUUCAGAAUGGGGCUACAGGUCGCACGCUGGCGAGUUCUUCAUAUCGAAAUCCGAUCUGCCUCCCGAGCCGUGGGAUGUUCGGCCCUGUAUUGGAGACUAUGACCCGGAGUGUAUCGGGGGAUCGACUGGAGAGAACGCCAGGGUUACUCGUCACGCUAGACGCGCGAUUCGUGCUGAAGAGGAAGCAAGCAUCACCGCCCGCGGUAUGUGGGAUAUCCCUACGCGAUAUAAGCUCUGGGAGCUGCUGUUUGCACACCGCGAUUACUUCUGGAGACUGGGCUUGUGUGUGCCUGGCGGAGAUCCGAUCGACUGGGACAGGAACCCUUACCCUAAUGUUACCUCGAAUGACGAACUGUAG